GUAUUCCCACGCGACGCUUUUGACCACUUUGACGGCGCGGGAGGCACUUAGUGUUGCUAAAGAGCGCAUUACAGCGACUACCACAUUUACCGACGUGCUGUUGGCGGUAAUCCGUAGAUAGGAUGGGAUAGAUAAUCCUUGGUUAGGAGACGCGCUACAGACACCGCUGUACGAAAUCUCGACAUAUUGGCCACUCGCUAACUGUGGCACAAGCUAAAUUCUCUUGAUCUCGAAAAUGUCGUCUGCAGGGAAAGCUCCAACGGUCGCGGGCAGCGCUUUGGACGCGAGUUCACCCGAAAAAAAAAAGCAGAAAGAAACGAAAGCGAAAACAAAAGCGAAAGGCGAAGUGAACGACGCUCGCCCCAGAAGCGGGCGGCGCUCUUCGCACCACAGCCUCCCGCUUGGCGUCGACCAAUGGCCGAUCUCCCGGCGCCGUGACGUCAUGGCGUGAUCGAUGCGCAACAUCUGAGCCUAUAUAACGGGGAACCGAUUCCGUUGCCGGGACGGUCAGACUUUCUCUGCCGCCUCAAACUUCGAAACCGACGCGGACGGACGGGCUGCUCAUUCCCAACGACUCGCACAAGAGAGAACGCGCGCGCUUCUGUCGUGUCGCAUCGGCACUUUUUCUUGUUUUCGCGGCGCUUUCGAUGCUGCUAAGUUGGCGACGACAGGAGGCAGCGUACGAUCCUUGAAGGCUCUGUCUUUGUUUCUCGUUUGUUUCCUAUCUUUCGUUCAAACGAAAGCAAGAAUAAGGGAGGGUGCGGAUCAACACCCCUCCGGCUGGUCAUCCCCGUAAAUUUCCCAGGUUCUUCCGUCGAGCAGAGAGGAGGAUAAGAGAUAUUUUUUUUUACUUUCUGUGACGAACCGUUCGCGGUGAUCGCUGUUUGUUCAAUCCCCCUUCCGUACAAGACGUUCUCUUGAGUGACUGGGAGACGUCACAGAGACACCAUGCGCCACCCCUGCGCAUUCGUCGUCGCUUUCAGCGUGGCACUGGCGCUCUUGUUCGCGCCCACUCUGGGAUCGUCGUCGGCGUCUUCACGCCCCUCGGAAAACGAGGGAGGCACGUCGUGGGCGGACGAAGAGCUCGAGUACGCGGCCAGCGGCGGCCUGAUGGAGGCUUCGGGAGGCGACGAAGAUGGCGGUGCGGACCUGGGCGGUGCCGGCCCGCAGCAGCCGGGGCGACUGCUGCCACCGCCGACGGCGGACAAGCGCAACCUGGCGGCCCUGGCUCGCAGCGGACGGCUGCCCCGGUUCCACUACAACAAAAAGCUCGGCCCGGCCGCCUCGCCCCUGCAGCCCGCCACGUCGCGGGUGUUCAUGGCUGGCCGGAGACUGCUGCCCAACGUCGGCGGGGGAGCCGCCAUGCCUCCGAUGCUGCGUCAGCACCAGGGCGGAGGCCAUGGCUGGCGACCCGACGCCUGGACGGCGGCGGGCGACCAGGCGCUUCAGGGCGACGCGCCCGAGAAGAUGGGCGUCGUCGAGGCGCUGGGCCGCCUGUCCGAGGCCGCCAUCUUCCCCUACAUCGGGCCGCAUAGGUGGAUAAAGCCGUGGUUCUCGUUCUUGCCGUCUGUGCGUGUGCGAAGAGACGUCUCCAGCGGCCAAGGGCGGCGGCGGCAGCAGCAACAGCACGAUGAAACGCAGCGCGAAGAGCAGCAGCGGUUCGGAGGAGAGCCGGCGUCAACAUCGGCCGCGCGGCAGCCCGCGUCGCCGGGGCGCGCCAAGCGCAACGUGGCCGCCCUGGCGCGCAACGGCUGGCUGCCUCCGACCGCAGCGGCGGCGCCCUCAGAGGCGCGAGGAACCAGGGCCGAGUUUUUGCGUCGCUUUUCGGGCUCUCAGGCCCACGAGGCCAGCGCGGACGAGGAAGAAGGGUUUGUGCCCGAGGACGAGGCCUCCGAGGCACCCGAGUGCGUCGACGAUGACGACGAGGAUGCGGACGAUUUGCUACUUGUGCCAUCACUGGAGGAAGUCAAACGAAACUUGGGACACAUGGCCAGAAUGGGCAGGCUUCCACCUUUCAACUACCGUCGUCCUUUACUGAACACCGACUUUGCCGAGGCGACGUCUCCGUGGCCCCAGGACAGGCCUAAGCGCCUUGCGAAGCGCUGCAGGCCCCGCGGCGAGAACAAGCGCAACGUUGCCGCCAUGGCGCGCAAGGGGGCGCUGCCGCGCUCAUGAGCGGCCCGACACCAGCGCCCUCUCUGCGCCACCUCUGCCGCCACGUGUUUCUCUAUCUCUACUGUCUUCCCAGCGGUCAUCUAUGCGCUGCCCGAGGGGCGCGGCGAAAUCUCGCAGGAAUACGAUGUGUCUCGUAGACCGUGACUUCCUCCGGGACCCUGUCAAUUCCCUUGUUGCCACCCGCUACUGCUGACCCUGUAGAUGUGCCUGGGAAACCGUAUACGCCCCCUUUGUAGCCUGACGGUUGUUCGUUGUCCUCCCCCGCUUUGAGCGUCAAUGCCCCGUACGCUUUCUGAAAUACAAGAACGCAGAACUCGCGUUCUCAAGAUGAGCUUCCUGCGGUCGUUCUAAAAUCGUAGCAAGAGCUGAUUGGAUACAGUUUUGGAACAUUUCUGUUUUUUACCAGGUUUCUUAUGUUUGUUUCCCUCCUUCUUUCCUUCUUUAGCGUAGUUUCGCAGUGCUGAACAUUUUAGACACUUCUGUAUCUAACAACGAGGCAUAUAAAAGGCAAACCAAUUUGAGAAGCCAUCGACUGCCUGAUUGCAGCCCGAAUUUCUUGGUCAAUUGGCUGUCCUCGCACUGGACCACGUUAUUCAAAGGCGUCGUGUAGUAAUUCAUUUAUUUAUAUCAUAGAUGUUGAUCACAGGCAGUGUCUUGCUUCACUCAUCUUAUUUCGGUUCUUGUAGCUUUGUCAUAUGAAUCAUCGUUCAUGUUGUUUUUUUUUUUUGUUUUUUUUUGUGAGCAAACAUAGAACAUGGGCAUGCAAUCAUCCCUAUAAUUUCAUUUUCUAACGGCACGCCCUUCAAAACAUCGCACCGCCAAGUUGCAUUCCAUGAACAAGCAAGUCAAACCACUAUUUGGCAUUCUUAAAGUUGGCUUUGAGACGGUACAAUCUACGACAGAGUUUCAGAGUUUUUCUCACUGUUAGCUUUUUGACUCCUCUGCUGGCAACGUUAGCAUUGGAUAACAGCUUGUUGUGACAGCGGUGGCAGACAAUGUAGGUAUAAAGCUUGCGAAUGGCCUAAUGAACGCGGUUAUUAAGAAGCAAGGGAUUGAAUCGAACUCGGCAGGAUUUAUUGUUUUUUUUUCCCUGUGACUUCACAAUGGCUCCAUAAGAAUGCGAGCGGUACGCCUGCAUGUCCACAAUUCCUCUACGAUAACGUUUUUUUUCUUUUUGUUCUUUUUUUAGAGUCGUUCACGCAUAGCUAAACAAAUUCAACCGGAAGAACUUUUUCUUCUGUUUUCUUCAGGUCAUGCAAGAUUUUGUGAGCCUAGAGCGGUAGGGACGAUCUCAUCUCCUACGUGCCUGCAUCAUUCAUAAAGCCGGUGUCUCCUCACCCUCUGUCGCUUUCCUGACUUUUUGAACUUUUGAAGCAUCCUUUCAGGAAACGACGGCAAUGACGGUGAGAGCACCCAGCGUCAGUUAGACGCGAGACCUGACUAUAGAAGGCCAGCUAGAGCGUUCGAGAAUGAACCUUUGUCAGAGCAUUGUUCUGUGCGAAUAAGCGGUUUUCAAAAAAAAGAAAGGAAUCCCAGGUAGAUGUGCAAACGAUUAUUUUCCUCUUUCCUAUUAAAAGCUUGGUAAUAAAAGAGUCUUUAAGUUCUUGAUGGGCAGUGCGAUCGAAGAAGAAUCAUUACCUCGUGUUGAAUACAGAGCGCCGUGAGUAAUCUGUUCUUUUUAGAACGUGCAAAAUGGUCAAGCGGCAAAGGAAGAUCCGUUGUUUCCUAUUGUUGUACCCAUUUUUCUUUCAUGAUUUUGGCUUCUAGCGCGAAGUGAAACACGGACACAGAAAGGAGCAGACAGGUCGAGCGCUAGAAGCGUUUCACUUCGCGCUAGAAGCCAAAAUCAUGUUACCGUACCAACUCACCCAACUGUCUAUCCUUUUGCAUUUUUCUUUCGCAAGUAAUAUAAGACGUUGACUAAAGAAUGCAGGACAUGGCCGCACUUUCAUAACUGAAGCAUUACAUCAGCGUGCGAUUUUUCCUGACCGUGCCUAACGUCGUCGCUAUACACGUAAAUGAGCGCGAAUUCAUAUUUUUUUUUAUAUGUGAUUCGGCUAGGAUAGAAUCUUUUAUCUGUAUAUGAGUAGUAGCUAGCGCCGCAAACGUAGCGCCAUUGAAGCUGCUAAGUAAAGGGUUUUGAGAGCAUUCUUACAGUGGGCCUAAUGGUCAUUCAGGAGUUACCGCGAGUUCUUGCUUAGAAAACUUCAUUGUUUUCUUCAACGCGCUAUGCCAAUAGCACUUUAUCAUGUGUUCUAAAUGUGCUGGUCACAUUCGCACUUGUCUAUUUAGGCUGUCGUGAUGGCUAAUGCGAAGGAUGUGAUCGAUUUUUAACUUGUCACUGUGAACUUCUCAAAGUCAAUAUUUGUAGACGAAGAGUAUUCAGCAGCUACCCAGCACAUGUUGGGACACGUGGGAAAAAAAUUGUACAACUGAUAAUUGACCCACUGAAGGCCGCUCCUUGAAUUUAAACUUAUUUUGAUGGAAGACCCCUGCAUCCCAUGGGGAUUUCUCAUAGAGGUUCAUUCAUUUUCACGUUUUCUUUUCAAUGCAUGUGCGUUCGACUUGGAUUUCACAGUACAUGCGUGCUAAAAGACUUAUGUAAUACGCAGUGGCUAGAACGUUAUCAGAAAAAUCAACACUUUGCUAGAUUUUAGCGCCACCGCACGAAGCUCUGGUCCCGGAAAAAAAUUACGCGAUGUUGCAGGAGUCAUGGGCUGGUGUAAGGACAUUCGUUAUUGAUAACAUAUUGCCACAUGUCCUGCCAUCCUGACCAUAGUUGUUGUUGUCCUCCCCGUAUAUUUAUACGCAAGCACUCAUGAGUCCUGAAUUUCAUGCCGUUGUCUGUACUGAGGGUCUAUGUAUAGCGCACGCUGCUUCAACGUGGUAUUUGCUACUAAAGUGCGAUGUACGAGCUUCAGCUUUCUCCGAGGCGACGCGUUUUUAUUUGCAGAUUAUUUCCUUGCCGCCCUUAGCCUUGGACAUCGGGUGUAGCGAGAACCGAAUGAUUGCCGAGACUAAGGUUUUCGACGCAAAAUGUCAAAUAGAAGCAAAAGAAACACACAAACAGAGAUGAGAACUCCGUGCUCUCGUUGCUGUUUGUGUGUCUCGCCUGUUUCUUUUGUCAAUUCUUGCGUUUGCGAACGCGGGUCUCAGCGAGAACAAAAUUGUCGAAAACCGAGAUAUGAGACUUUUCAUUGGUGUCUUCCAUUUGAGGAAACGAUUGCCGUUGCACAACGCUUUGAGGUGAAUGCGAAACACUGCGCGCUGAAACAAUGUGUGGUGCCUAUUUUAUUGGUUCUUCCUUGUGCAGCCGAGUAGUCUGCACCCUCGACUAAAAGAAGUAGACACA